CCUGCCUUUGACCUUUCGUUUUCUCAAGUUUUCAAUCUCCCGCCUUCCAUCGCUCCGAUUCCUCACACCAACCCAUCAUCGACAUCAUCGACCACCGUUCAUCUCCGUAAUAUUUCGACUCGGCUGUCGACUCUCCAAAGGCGCGCGAUCCGGAAAACGCGUCUUUAUUCUUUCUUCCUUCCUUGGGCGGAUUGGGUUUCUACCCAGACGACGUGCUUUGCAGCCCAGCAUUAGGCAGCCGCGAAACUGCUUCGUGGACACGUACUCGUAUCGAGGGAGAUCCGACCUCGGAAGCUGGCGCUUCGCUUGUCCCUCUGUUGCCUGCACCGAGAUAUCAUCAGUAACCAGCGACGACCUCGUAAUACUCGCGUACGCGUAAAGCAGAGUCUUGGAUCUGCUCAAUACCGUGAACAAGGCACCUCGCUGGAUGACUGUUGAGGCCAUUCGGCUGGCGCAGAACCGUGAGGUAAAAAGAGACGCAUAUUCGCACUCGUUCUGAAUACAAUUGUCUCGCGCUGCUCUUCUCGCUAGAGCCUCUGCGUCCCUUGGGUGCGCACGUACUCGAUCUUCCGACCGGCCAGCCUGCCGCAUAAGCGCAAGGCCAGGCUAGGCAGAACAGGUGUCUGCCAGAACCCAAGGCGUACAGCCAUAGUCGCUGCCUCUUCCGACAGAAGCACACACGAUGUCCUCCAUGCCAGUGACAGAGUUGGAGGCUGGCCUUGUGGCCAUGCAGGCUCUCAAGCCGCCUGGGGUUUCGGGGUCGCGCAUCAAGGACAUAACGGCUCUCUGCGUCUCCAAUAUCAAAUCCGAAUCAGUCAUCAUCCAGAAGAUCUUUACGCAUUUCAAGCGAACAAAUGGAACCCAUAAGCUCGGUGUGCUCUACGUCGUAGACUCUGUAACCCGCAAGUGGAUGGAGCAGGCGAAGCAGCUGGGCCAGACGGUCAGCAGCGCCGCAGAGGACGGCACCUAUGCCGCCGGAGUUCAUAGAGUGACAGAGUUGAUGCCCUCGUUCAUGAACGACAUACUGGCAUCUGCCCCAGAGGAUCAAAAGGAGAAGAUUCGAAAGCUAGUCGACAUCUGGGAGAAGGGACAAACAUUCCCCUCGACAAUGCUCGAGGGCUGGAAGGCGAGGCUGAACGCGCCUAAAGUGUCAACCACACCCCCGGGUAGCCCGCCGCCAAAUCUUAUGGCCUCGCUGAUGUCCUCUUCGUCGGCGGCGCCAGCAGCCCCGCCGGCGCUUCCAGCCAUGACGAACAUCAUGGAGACGCUGGCCAACAUUGCGCGGCAGAACGCGUCGGCCGCAUCAAGUAAUCCUAGUAUCACUGCACCUGCGCCGGCGCCGGCGCCUGCCCCUGCCGCCGCACCUCUGUAUGUGGCACCCUCUGCCCCCCCGGCCAGUAGCAGCGUUUUGCCACCCGCCUUGCUUGCGGCGUUGGCCCAGGCCCAGGUGCGGUCCCAGGCCCAGGUCCAGCCUGCCCAGCCUAGCAUGCCAUUCUUUCCAGCCACUCAGCCGCCAGCUGUAGCUGCCACCCAACCACCUGUUGUUGCACCGCACACUCUGCCAUUCCAACUCCCGACACAAUUUCCUGGUGCCGCCGCACCCUUUGCCGCCUCUGUCCCUGCGCCCGCUAGCCAAGCAGGAGGGUUUCCGGCGGCGGGUGCUCCGUCCCAGGUAGACUCAGCCCAGCAGCUAGUGCUCAUCCAAACGCUGCUGUCUCAGGGCUUCACUCCCGAUAUGGUCACGGCCAUCGUGAAGCAGUUCAGCGGUUCUACAGGCGCCGCGGCCGCCGCCCCGCAGUACGGCGCGUCCCAGGGGCCCGGACCCUAUGGCUUCGGGAGCGCGGCGGACGCAAACAGCGGCGGCUGGAACGCGGGCCGUAUCGGAGAGUCACAUGACCGCGACUUUGGCGGCAACAGGUCACCCGGCCGUGGAGCCAGGGGGCGAUCCCGGUCGAGGUCCCCGGGCCGGAACUGGGACAACCGCCACUCGCCCCGCGGCCGCGACGACCGGCAGUUUGGAGACCGCGACCGCGGCAGGGGCUCCCGGGGCGAGUACCGCCAGCGGUCUCCGGCCGGCCAGGGUCGCCGUACGUCCAGCCCGCGGCGUGAGGGGCGUCCCGACAGGUUCAUCGAGUUUGAUCGGUCGCUGCCAGAGAAUCACAUCCGGGUUCUUAGUCGGACACUGUUCAUUGGAGGUGUCACCUGCCCCGAGAGCGAGCUGCGUGCCAUCUUCAGCCGCUUUGGAGAGGUUCAGACGUGCAUCGUCAACCGCGACAAGCGGCACGGGUUCGUCAAGAUGCUCACCCGCAAGGACGCGGUUGCGGCCAAGGAGGGCAUGGCCGAGAUGCGCACCGCGGACCAUCAGCUGAGGACGCGAUGGGGCGUCGGCUUCGGCCCGCGCGACUGCAGCGACUACUCGGCCGGCAUCAGCGUCAUCCCCAUCCACCGGCUCACCGAGGCCGACCGCAAGUGGAUGCUGACGGCGCCCUUUGGCGGCACUGGUGGCAAGCCCAUCACGACGGGCAUGGUGGUGGAGGAGCCCGACAUCGAGAUCGGCGCGGGCGUGUCGAGCAAGGCCAUCAGCCGCCGCAUGCAGACGGACAGGAGCGGCAUCCACGGCCCGAGGUCCUCGCGGGACGACGAGGGCGGCCAGCAGCAGCAGCAGCAGCCACAGCAGCAACAGCAGCAACAGCAGCAGAACCAUGGUGAGAACGGCGGUGGCGGUCACGGCCGCGGGGGCCGGCGUCGGGGCGGUGGCAGGGACCACAACCGGCGCGGGGGCGACGACAACAGCAACAACAGCAACAACAGCGACGGCGGCGGCGGCGGCAAGAACCAGUCGGGCGGCGCCAAUAACGUGGGCGUCCCCGAUUUCGGCUUCGGCCUCACGGCGGGCAGCAACGGCAUGCCCAUCUUCCCUCCCGGCUUCAGCUUUCCGGCGCCUGAGGAGCAGAGGAGCUAG